AUGUUAUUAUUGACUCUUAUUGCUGUCUCUUUUGCUGUAAAUGUCCCUACAACAAAAUCAAAUUCUAUCGAUCACUAUAUUCAAAAAAUUCGUCUUCCAAGUUGUUCAUUUACAUCUGAAAUGUGUAAAACAUGCAAAAAUCAUAUUGUUCUUCAAAAAGACUAUUGUGACAAUCCCAAAAAAGAUGACCAAAAAUGUAUUUGUUCAGCUUUUAAAGGUAAUUGGAAAAACUUCUUCGAAGACGUUGAGGAUACUAUCAGAACCCCUGAACAAGCUUGUGCCUAUGUUUGUUCAAAUGGAACUAUUCCUUUAGAGGGUACUAACUCUUUGAAAUCAGGAGCAUUAGUUUCUAAUGGCUCUACAAUGGUGAUGAUUCUUGCAUCACUUUUGAUGAUGCUCGUUUUUGUUUAA